CUGGCUCCAGCGCUCCCCGGCCGCGUCUCCGAGCUCCUAGCGCCCCGCUCCAGCGGCAUGGCUGGCACGUUCGCCCGCGUCCUGUGCGCUCGCAGAUCCGCCGGGCUCCUGGCCGUGGUGGGAGCCGGGUCUCUGGCCACUGGAUUCCUGCUCACCCGGGACGCGGUCAGCGCCGGCGAGAGGCAGCGGCGCCGCUACCCGCCAAGCGCCGAAUAUCCAGAUCUCCGGAAACACAAUAACUGCAUGGCAAGUAACCUGACGCCAGCCAUCUACGCCCAGCUCUGCGAUAAAACCACCCCCAACAGCUGGACCCUGGACCAGUGCAUCCAGACAGGGGUGGACAACCCUGGGCACCCCUUCAUUAAGACUGUGGGCAUGGUAGCAGGUGAUGAAGAAUCCUACGAGGUGUUCGCGGACCUGUUUGACCCUGUGAUUCAGGAGAGACACAAUGGUUACAACCCACAGACCAUGAAACACCCCACGGACCUGGAUGCUAGUAAGAUUAAAACCGGCUACUUCGACGAGCGCUACGUGCUCUCAUCGCGCGUCCGGACGGGGCGCAGUAUCCGCGGGCUCAGCCUGCCCCCUGCCUGCACCCGCGCUGAGAGGAGAGAGGUGGAGAAGGUGACCGUGGAUGCCCUGAGCGGCCUAACAGGAGACCUGGCCGGCCGGUACUAUCGCCUCAGCGAAAUGACGGAGAAGGAGCAGCAGCAGCUCAUUGAUGAUCACUUCCUCUUUGACAAGCCCGUCUCCCCCUUACUGACGGCAUCAGGAAUGGCCCGGGACUGGCCCGACGCCCGAGGAAUCUGGCACAAUAAUGAGAAGACCUUCCUGAUCUGGAUCAAUGAGGAGGAUCACACCCGCCUCAUCUCCAUGGAGAAGGGCGGCAACAUGAAGCGGGUCUUUGAGAGGUUCUGCAAGGGCCUGAAGGAGGUGGAGAGACUAAUCCAGGAGCGAGGCUGGGAGUUCAUGUGGAAUGAGAGGCUGGGCUACAUCCUGACGUGUCCGUCCAACCUGGGCACCGGGCUGCGCGCAGGGGUCCACAUCAAACUGCCGCUGCUGAGCAAGGACACCCGAUUCGCCAAGAUCCUGGAGAACCUACGGCUGCAGAAGCGCGGGACAGGCGGGGUGGACACGGCCACCACCGGCAGCACCUUUGACAUCUCCAAUCUGGACCGCUUGGGAAAAUCUGAGGUGGAGCUGGUGCAGCUGGUGAUAGAUGGAGUGAACUACCUGAUCGACUGUGAGCGGCGGCUGGAGAGGGGCCAGGAUAUCCGCAUCCCCUCGCCCGUGCCUCAGUUCAGGCACUAAAUCUGAGCCCUGCUCGGACAGGCCCCAGCCCCGGAGCCCCCCCCCCCAACCCCCUGUAGCCUGACCGGUCCUACUGGCCGUUGUGUUACCCAC